AUGUCGGACAUGCCUGCAUCCGCCCUUCUGGGCUUCCUGGUGCCCAAGCUACCUGUUCUGGUCAAAACGGCGUUUAUGAAUGCCUUUUCCAUGUCGCCAAACGCGUCCAAAUGGGAUCUCAAAACAGAACUCAUCAUCGCCAUCCUCCGCGCCGAACUGUCGAAAGUGCCUCCGCCCACCAUCACCGAGCAGCAGAACAACACCACCAAGAUCCCCGAGGUCAAGGGGCCCAUGUGGGUCAGCAAAGUCACCAUGCCCGCACCGCCCGAGGACGACGUCCUGCAAAAGCUGCUGCAAGCAAUCGACGACAUGAAGACGACGGGGACCGAACACUACACCAUCCCCUCCCUCCUCCCCGUCGAAGGCGAAUGGCACGGCCGCCGCGCCGGCGCCGCCAAAGACACCCCGGAGCCGGCAGGCCUCUCCGAAGCCGAAAGGUACGCGCGCCUGAUGCAAGAAGCCGGGUCCGACGCCGUCGUCCUCUACUUCCACGGCGGCGCCUACUACCUGAUGGACGCCGCCUCGCAGCGGCCCGCCACCGCCCGCUACGCCCAGAUGCUCCCGGGCGGCGGCGGCCGCACCUUCGCCGUCCGCUACCGCCUCGCCCCGCAGAACCCGUUCCCGGCCGCCCUCCUCGACGCCCUCGUCGCCUACGUCUCCCUGCUGCACCCGCCGCCGGGCGCCCUCCACGCCCCCGUCCCCGCCCACCGCAUCGUCCUGGCCGGCGACUCGGCCGGCGGCAACCUCGCCCUCGUCCUGAUGCAGACGCUCCUCCAAUGGCACCGGAGCACUGCGUCCUCGUCGUCUCCGUCGCCGCCAACCGUCCACUGGCACGGGCACGCCGUCCCCAUCCCCCUCCCCGGCGCCAUGGCCCUCGCCAGCCCCUGGACCGACCUCACGCGCUGCCUCCCCUCGCAGCGGCACAACCAGCGCUUCGACUACCUCCCCGGCGCCGAGUGGCGCGGCUCCGUCUACCCGCCCUGCGCCGCCUGGCCGGCCACCCCGCCGCGCGCCCACCUCUACGCCGAAGCCGACGCGCUGCUGCACCCGCUGGGCAGCCCGUGCGUGCCCGCCGCAGAGUGGACGGGGUGCCCGCCGACGCUGUUCGUGCUCGGCGAGGAGAUGAUGGCGGAUGAGAGUCGCGUCGUGGCGGCGAGGAUGGUGGCGCAGGGCGUGGGCGUCGCGUGGAUGCAGUUUGAGGCCAUGCCGCAUUGUUUUGGGCUGGUCAUGGAGGAUUGCGAGGCCGCGAGGGUGAUGAGGGAGGGGUGGAGGGAGUGGGUCGGGCAGGUGUUGGGCGGGGGGUCGAGGCCGGUGGAGACGAGGGGGGAGUUUUUUGCGGCGAGGAGUUGUGCGGCGAAGAAGGUGGAUAUGAGGAGGUUGGCGGAGGGGCUGGAGGAUGAGAGGGUGAUGGAGUUGAUGAGGGAGGCGCAGGGGAAGUUGCUGAGUGAGGGGGGAAGGGACGAGAAUAAGGCGGAACAGACGCCCGUGGUGUAG